AUGGCGACAGCGUCUCAAUCGCAACCGUCGUCGCAACAAUCUUUCACUAUGAGCCAGCAGUCGCAAGGUGCUGGCAUGUACCGCUCAUUUAAUGAUGCCAAUUCCAUGCUUGCGAACGAUGCGCCGCAGAUUUACUCGGCCGUGUACUCGGGCGUCGAUGUCUACGAGAUGGAAGUCAACAACAUCGCCGUUAUGCGGCGCCGAAACGACAGCUGGUUGAACGCUACUCAGAUUCUCAAAGUUGCCGGCGUCGACAAGGGAAAGCGCACCAAGAUCCUCGAAAAGGAGAUUCAAGCUACUGGCGAACAUGAAAAGGUUCAGGGAGGUUACGGCAAAUACCAGGGCACCUGGGUAAAGUUUGAGCGUGGUGUCGAGGUCUGCAAGCAGUAUGGCGUGGAGGAUCUGCUUCGGCCACUCCUUACUUAUGACAUGGGCCAGGAUGGCGGUGUUGCCGGUCGUGGUGACCUCAAUACCCCAACGAAGGAGCAAGCGAUGGCGGCCAUGAGGAAACGCAUGUAUAACGCGAAUGCGAAUGCGGAGAAUCGAAACAACACCCUGCCCGGAACCUUCUUCAAGAACAUUUCUAGCACCGCUUCGCAUGCCGUCGCUGCUUUGAGCAAGGCCCGCUUCGAGUCACCCGGUGCUAAGAAUAGGAACGGAGUACCGAGAGCGCCCAGUUUCAGCCGACAGACCUCGAUGUCCCAAAACCCCGACGACGGCUUCCCGGGAAAUUCGCAGCAGAGCUAUACCUCCGAAUACGGCCAUGCUGUCGACUCGGCUUACUCUACCCAACAAUCCGCUCACAUGCUCGACCAGCCCGAGCCUCCUCGCAAGAGGCAGAGAGUAACUAUGACACCUGCUGAUAGCUUCGCCUACAACGGAAACGCCGAUGCCCUUGCCAGCGCAUUUCCCGGGUCCCCUACCGAGCCGAACGAGUCGUUCAUCUACUCUCACGCUGGCAUCCACGAACAGCCACACGACGGAUUUAGCCCCCUUCCGCCACUGCCUUACGAGCUCUCGCCAGAGGCCGACCAGUGUAAGAGCACGUUAUUAAGUCUCUUCUUAGACUCUGGCUCUUCCGAGCAUACCAAAUUCGACGAUAUUAUCAAGGGCAUGACCCCCCGCCAGCUGGAUAUGCCCAUUGACAAUCACAGCCAUACUGUACUGCAUUGGGCCGCCGCCCUAUCGCGUCUCCCGCUUCUUCGAGCCCUCAUCGCCGCUGGCGCGAGUCCCUACCGUGUGAACGCAUCCGGCCAUACCGCUCUUAUGAGGGCCGUGACGGUUACCAACUCCAUGGAACUCAACUCGUUCCCCGACCUCCUAGAUGUUCUCGGCGGAACCUUGGAGAUUCGCGACAACAAGGGCCGUACAGUUCUCCACCACAUCGCGGUGACUAGUGCCGUGAAGGGUCGCAAUGCGGCCAGCCGGUACUACCUGGAGAGUUUGCUAGAGUGGAUUGUUCGACAGGGCAGCGUGCCUAGUAGCCAGCAGCCCGCAGCAACCAACGGUCUCAAUGGUCUCAACGGCCAUUCUAGCAGCGCCCCCCCGAGCUCGCAGCAACAGGCCCCCCCUAAGAUGGGAUUGGCGAGGUUCAUGGCGGAAAUCGUAAACACCAAGGAUAACGCCGGUGAUACCGCGCUCAACAUUGCGGCCAAGAACGGAAACCGCAGCGUCAUUUCGCAAUUACUCGAGAUCGGUGCUGAUAACAAGAUUGCCAACCGCUCGGGACUCUGCCCGCUUGAUUUCGGCGUCGGCGUCGACGGUCCGACUGAGAAUGGCAUAAACGGUGAUUCGGCCAAUGAUAAUAGUAGGUUCAUUGGCAGUUCUCAGAGGAGUAAGGAGAGUCGUGAUGAAAUUAUUCAUUCCAUCUCACUUCUCCUGGAUCAAACAUCGGCCGAGUUCCAAAAAGGACUCAAGACGAAGCAAACCACACUCGACGGGCUCUACUCGUCCAUACGUGCCACAUCCAGCCAGCUCAGCGACACCCGAAAGAGGCUCGAAGCGCUGCGCGAGGCAGUGAGGCGACAACAACUCGCGAGGCAACAAGUCAUCAACCUAUCGCACGCCCGAGAAGACGAGCAAGGCCGGUUCGAUCCCCGGUUAAAGGGCGCCGACGCUGUCUCCGCCUGGGAAACCGAACUCGGCGCCGCCCUCGAGACAGCCGCCGACAACACCUCGGCGAGCUACUUCCCGUCCGCGAAUUUACUCCGCGCUAGGAUCAAGGCCGUUUCCGGACGUAACGAGGCUACGCGCAAGAUGGUCCAGGCCCUCAAGGGACGCAGUCGCGAAGUGGAGUUCAAGUAUCGUCGCAUCGUGUGUCUGUGCACGUCGGUGCCGGAGAACGAUAUUGACGCCGUUAUUGACGGCCUGCUGAGAGCAGUUGAGAGUGAGAAGGGCGAGUUGGAGAUUGGACGGGUGAGGCGGUUCCUCGGUGGUGUCGAGACCGGCCCGCUGAGGUGA